AUGGCAGAUAGUACGAUAGACGUAGAGUCAGAAACUGAAACUGUCAAGCCCAUUAAGGAAAUUCCUGUCGUCCAAGACCAAGGUCUAUUUAAACAUCAAACUGGUGAUGUUUACGAUGGCUUCUUCGAAGCUAAGAAAAAGGAUAGAAGUGUUAAAAUGCACGGGCCAGGUAUGUACACAACGGCAGAAGGGGACAUAUACUCUGGAACUUGGGACGCUGAUCGUCUCGGUGUUAAUGAAAAUGUAAGUGUGGCUUUUACUGAUGGCUCGAAAUAUGAAGGCCCUUUCAAAGAUUGGUGUUACAGCGGCUCGGGAAAGUACAUGUACCCAGACGGUAGUAUAUUAAUAGGCGAUUUUAAUGAAAACAUGCCAAUUGGCGGUUUGACUCUAAUCGACCCUAAUGGCCAAGUUUGGUUUGGCAAGGCAGAGCAGGGCUUCGGAUGGUUCGACCCUGUCAAUCACUUUUACGACAUGCUAGAGAAAACUAGAGAAAUUGAUACACUGCAAAUACCAGUGAAUAGUUUGGAACCGAUCAUGAUCGACAGAUUUAUUGCGUUCUCCUUGUUUUAUUUGUGCAGUUUUAUUAUUAUCGGAUAUGUAAAUGGUCAGGAUGAAGAGCAGUUUCAGAGGAAAUUGCUAUGUGUACAGCAUGAAGAGUGUUGGCCGUGCUUGUCAGCAGCGCCACACUGCCGCUGGUGCGCGGACCCGUACUUUAACAAUGGCGUGCCGCGGUGCGAUGAUGACGAGAGUUUGGUGGAAGCGGGAUGCGCGCAGGGCAUGAUACAACGGCCAGCGAAAUCUGUAUGGGAAGUUGUUCAAAAUGACUCUCUCCAAGACAUGUCACCAGACAGCCACGAAUCUGUUGUGCAAAUACAACCGCAAAAAAUAAGGUUAUCCUUAAGACCACGUGAGGUUAAGAAAAUUAAAUUUUCUUAUAGACCUGCGAAAAAUUACCCUCUGGAUUUGUAUUAUUUGAUGGACCUCACGUGGUCGAUGAAAGACGACAAAGAAACUUUGGUGUCAUUAAGAGAUGAUUUGCCCGACAUGUUAAAAAACUUAACAGAUAAUUUCAGAUUAGGUUUUGGUAGCUUUGCUGAGAAACCAAUAAUGCCGUUUAUAAGCGUGGACCCGCGGCGACGCGCCAACCCUUGCUCGGUGGAGAGUGAAGCGUGUGAGGCCACGUACAGUUACCGACAUCACUUGUCAUUAACUAAUCAGGUAAAAGAUUUCAUAGCUAAAGUGAACAGUAGUUCAGUGACAGCAAACCUCGACAAUGCCGAGGCGCAAUUGGACGCACUAGUGCAGGCCGUCACCUGCGGCUCGGCCGUGGGCUGGUCUCCUCACAGCCGGAAGAUUAUUAUACUGUUGUCUGAUGGGCUGCUACAUACGGCGGGCGAUGGGAAACUAGGUGGUGCGUCAAGGAAGAACGACGAGAAAUGUCAUCUGGACAGCGACGGAUACUACUCUGAGUCGCACGUGUACGACUACCCCUCCGUCGCGCAGGUCUAUCGCCUGCUGGACCAAUACAAGGUAAACGUUAUUUUUGCGGUCACAGAAAACGUGAAGGCCCAUUACGACAGCUUACACAAGCUAUUAAGCGAUUUUACGUACGUGGCAAAAUUAGAGAGCGACAGCUCCAACAUAUUGAAGCUCGUAAAAACUGGAUAUGAAGAUAUCGUGAGUGUCGUCAGUUUUAAAGAUAACACUAAAGAUGGACCUAUAAAGAUUAAAUAUUUUACCGACUGCGGAGUAAAAGGCGGGUCCCUGAUAGAAGACACGCGUUGUGGCGGAGUCGAAUAUGGCAUGACGCUCAACUAUGAAGCACAUAUCAGUUAUGAAUCUUGUAUGGAUGAUAAACAGUCGUACGAGAUCACGAUAGCGGAGAGCCAGCUGGGGCAGGACGCGCUCGCGCUGCAGGUGUCGCUGCAGUGCGGCUGCGCGUGCGAGAGCGACCGCCGCAAGGACAUGGCGCUCACGUGCCCGCGCAACUCGCACCUUGUGUGCGGCGUAUGCCAGUGCGACGCCGGCUGGUCGGGGCCGGCGUGCGACUGCUCGGUGGAGGACGAGGGCGCGUCGGCGGCGCUGCAGGCGGCGUGCCGCGCGCCCGGCGACGCGCGCGCCUGCUCGCACGCCGGCGACUGCGUGUGCGGCCGCUGCCGCUGCGACCGCGCGCGCUCCGGCAAGUACUGCCAGUGCAAGGAGUGCGAGAUCAGCAUUGAGAACGGGCUGGAGUGCGGCGGCGUGGGGCGCGGCGCGUGCGCGUGCGGGCGCUGCGCCUGCGAGCGCGGCUGGGCCGGCGCCGCCUGCGACUGCGCCACCGCCCGCGACGCCUGCUUCGCGCCCGGCUCCAAUGAGGAGUGCUCGGGCCACGGGGACUGUGUGUGUGGUCGUUGCCAAUGCAAAACAACAAGCGUAGAUAACUCCACAGACGUGAUGUACUCCGGCCACUUCUGCGAGACGUGCGCGUCGUGCGUCAACCCGCUGUGUGCGGGCGCCGAGCCCUGCGUGCGCUGCCGCCUCGCCGGCGACUGCCCGCAAGUGUGCGCCCUCGGCGGCGUCAACUACACUGUGACCGAGCGGCUCGGGGAGGAAGCAACAGACAACAUGGACACGUCGUGCAUACUGCGUCGCGACGAGGACGGUAAGGCGUGCGAGUAUAAAUAUACAUACAAAGCCGGGCUAAGCCCCAUGGUAGCCAUGGAUAUAGUUAUCCGAUCUAAAGAAUGUUACCAGCCAACUAGCGCUAAAAUAAUGCUAACGUCCUUUAUAAUAAUGGGGUGUAUUAUAGCAAUCGGGAUGAUUAUCAUUUUGUGUAUCAAAUGUGCCCAAACGUUCUCCGACAGACGCGCAUACGCUAAGUUUGUCCAAGAAGCCCAGGAAAGUAGGAAGAACAUGCAGGAGUUGAACCCGCUAUAUAAGUCACCUAUCUCUGAGUUUAAAAUGCCAGAGUCGUUCCCUAGAGAUCGACAUGAUUUG